UUCCAGACGACCAAAUGAAAGACCGUCAUUGCGGAGGGAGUGUCGUUACUCAGCAUCCGCCGAGAACUAGAAAGGAAUUUAAAAAAAUAAUAAGAACGCGAGAAACCCGCUUUAACGACGGUCGUCUGCGUGUUUGAUGGAUGCCGGCUGUGUGACCGCGGCGCACCGUGUUUCGUGCCACACCAUGAAUGCGGAUUUAUUCAAGCCCACGCCGGAGCGUGGACCCCAGCAGUCCUCCGGAGCGGCGAAAAAUGCCCGGAAUAAAGCCGAACAGAGCAAGCCGGAGCUGGCUCAGGUGGUGACGGACUCCAGGACGGGGAGGUCCUACAGCAAAGGGAAGCUUCUGGGAAAGGGUGGGUUUGCUCGCUGCUAUGAGAUGACAGACUUGUCCAGUAACAAAAUGUAUGCAGUCAAGGUGAUACCACAGAGCAGAGUGUCAAAACCACACCAGAGGGAGAAGAUUACAAAUGAGAUCGAGCUGCACAGAACCCUGGCACACAAGCAUGUGGUGAAGUUUUCCCACUAUUUUGAAGACCAAGAAAACAUCUACAUAUUCCUGGAGCUCUGCAGUCGUAAGUCCCUCGCACACAUUUGGAAGGCGAGGCACACGCUGACGGAGCCCGAGGUGCGGUAUUACCUCAGACAGAUCAUAUCGGGUCUCAAGUACCUGCACAACAGAGGCAUCCUGCACCGAGACCUCAAACUAGGCAACUUCUUCAUCAAUGAGAACAUGGAGCUGCGGCUCGGAGACUUUGGUCUUGCUGCUAAGCUGGAGACGGUGGAACAAAGGAAGAAAACUAUCUGUGGAACUCCAAACUACCUGGCCCCCGAGGUGCUGAACAGGCAAGGACACGGCACGGAGUCUGACGUCUGGUCUCUCGGAUGCGUCAUGUACACACUAAUGUGUGGCAGUCCUCCUUUUGAGACUCUUGACUUGAAAGAGACUUACAAAUGUAUAAAGGAAGUUCGAUACAACCUUCCCUCCAGCCUCUCCCCGGCUGCACAGAAACUCAUCUCAGCCAUUCUGCAGAAAAACCCCAGUGACAGACUCACUCUGGAUCAGAUUCUAAACCACGAGUUCUUCACCAAAGGUUUCACUCCAGACAAGCUUCCACCCAGCAGCUGUGUGACGGUGCCAGAGCUCCACCCGCCAAGCCCCGCCAAGAAAUUCUUCUCUAAAAUGGCCAAGAGCCUCUUUGGCAAAAAGAAAUCAAAAGUUGAGAAGAUUCCUUGUGAAGACAAAGAGGACAGGGACAUCUCCAAGCUGGUGUCGGGCAUUGUUAAGUGCUCCAUCAACCGGCAGAUAAGCUACAAAACCGUGGGACCCACUGAGGUGACCUCUCCCACGGGUCAGCUGGUCAGCUCUGUGCCUCUGGAGCAGACUCCUGCUGAGGAGGAGUCCAGGAAGUCCAUCUCCCGCUCUUUUAAGGGCACCAUGGCCAGCGGCACUGAACCGUGUGAGGAUGUCCUGACUCCUGCGGCUGUCGCUGAAACUGCCAUGAAGGUUUUGAAGGACUGUCUGACCGCAAUGCCUGCAGCCAAUAGAAACCCCCCGUGCUUAUCGAGACCCCAGUCGUUCCUGUGGGUGACUAAAUGGGUCGACUACUCGAACAAAUACGGCUUCGGUUACCAGCUCUCAAACCAAAACAUAGGGGUGCUCUUCAACGAGGGAACGCAUCUCAGUCUCUGCGACCAGCGUCAGACAGUUCAUUACUGCUUGACCAACAAUAAACACUUCACUUUCGCAGCCAACUCUCUACCUGAACAGCUUCGCAGCCAGAAGCAGAUAGUGGAACUCAUGGCAAACUACAUGGAGCAGAACCUUAUGGAGGGUGGAGAUCUUCACUGUGAGGAGCAGGCGUCUGCACCUCCUCCUUUGCUCCUUCAGUGGGUAAAGACCGACCAUGCUCUUGUCAUGCUCUUCAAUAACGGCACCCUGCAGGUUAACUUUUACACAGACCACACAAAGAUCAUCGUGUGCAAGUCGUCCGACGACUCCUACCUGCUCACGUACAUCAGCCGAGAGCGCGUUUCGUACACGUACCUCCUCAGCAUGCUGAAGGAGAUGGGCUGCACGUCUGAGCUGCGUCACAGACUCCGAUACGUGGUCCAGCUGCUCCAACACCACACGGACGCCUGAACGAAAGCACAGCUCUGUGCCUCCUCAGGCCAACCCAGUGACACUUGCCUUAGAGGCAGCAUGACCAGUUCAACAACAUCUUAGUCAGCCAUGUUGAUUUCUUCAGGUAGUGGCGAGAGUGACUGAUGCCUGACAGGUGAAAGACUCCUGAGCGAUAUCUCGUCUGGACUGUUGUCUAGUUUAUCGGAUCGACUGACCUUGAUGAGUGUCAAGAAGUCUGGGAGCUGCCCAAAUCAGCAUCUGCCUCGAGAUUCUGUGCCUGCCCUGCUUAUGCCUCGAAGGUGACCACAUGGAAGGUAUCUUUACCCGCGAGAAGAGAUUAAGGUUUGGGGGUUUUUUUUCAUGAUGGAUCUCUUAAUGGCAGAUGCCUACACAACUAAGUUACCUUCUCUCAUCUACUCAAUGCUUCUCGGAAGCAAACAAACCUGCAGUUUCAGCCAUUUCUACCGAACUGCUUUCUCAACGGUGGCUAAACACUAAAACUGUCCAAAUCGCUAGCAACUGUACAGGGAUGAUCUUGUUGCUGGAAUGCAAUAAGGCUCACUUUUCCAAAAGCAUUUCAGCAGCAAGCUCUCCCGCUCUUAUCGACUGCAACUGUGAUCUCCAAGCAGAGAUGCUUGGGGAUGAAAAUCUGACUGAAGAGUGACCUUCCUACUACCCUCUGUUGGUUUCUGCCCUCUGUGGAGCAUGCGCACAUUAAUUUACAUUUUAUACAAGAGCCAGCUAUAGGAUCACUUUAGAUCUUGAUCUCACACGCACAAGAUUUUAUUUCUGGCCUUACUUCAUGACAGCAAUGCUUUUUCCCCUCCUACUUCACUUGUCUUACUUUUGGAUACAAAAUUCACGGAUGCGGUACACGGCAUGCUACACCGGCUAUGGGAACAACACAAUUUUGCACAUUUUUUUUUUUUCUUUAUAAAUUUCAACUGGAAAAACUUAUUUUUUUUGUAUUUAUUUUUAAAAUUCACUUGUUAUAUUUUACUUGUUUUUAACUAGGAACCAAAUGGUUUUUUUUUAAAUGAUAGUUUUAAAUUUCACUUUCAGUAGGUGAAUGUGUGUCGGCCGUACAGCUGUUGGUAAACGUAGCUGUUGGUUGGAAAACGAGGGCAGAGAGCGUGGAUUAAAGUGCCUUUCUGAGGGAUGUCUGUAUAGUGCAAUAACAACCCUUUGUGAAUGUCAAGCAGGAGGCGAGAUUUGAGAUGGGUUUUAAAUUUAGGAUUUACUUUUUUACUUUGAGCCAAGUUAAAAAGUAAAUCCAGAAGCACUACACUCCUCACUACCUGGUAUAAGCUUUUAGAACAACUGUUAUAAUUAUUUAUCCCAAUAAUAUCUACUAUGGAAGAGAGAAAUCAUUGUACUCUGUUGUACUGUAACCUGUAUUGGUUUACAUUGCUUUCUUGAUCCAGAGUUGUAUCCUAAAAACUGUGACCUGGAAUGCAAGUAUUACAUACAUGUGUUCUCAAAGAAAAUCCAACAUUGUGAAAGCCAUCUGCCAAUUUAGAAGUCUUUUUUUUUCUGGCACAUAAUGUCUUGUUUAUUUAUUAUUUUUUUAUUUAUACAUGUCUCUUUUUUAUUUAUUGUGUAGCUGUUUGUUCUUGACACAAGGAAAUGUUCAAUUUCAAUCACAUUUUUGUAUGUAACAUUUUUGGGGGAAAUGGGGACAAAAAUAAAGUUUAUUGAAAAUGAA